CAGCUGCAGCAGCUUCAGGAGGAGCUGGACAGCUGCAAGGCUUUGAAGCAGCAUUGGCAGCAAGCCGCAGUCGAGGCGCAGCAACAGCAGCAUCGGUGCAAUGAGCAGCAACAGCAGCUCGAGCAGCAGUUGCAACAAAAGGCGGAUGAUAUCAAGCGGCUCGAGGAGAAAAAGGAGGAAAUGGAGGCUCUCAUGAACGACAAGGUGUUGCUAAUCGGUCAGUUGGAGGCCUCUGUUGCUGCUUUGAAGGAGCAGCAGCAGCAGCAGCAGCACGCAGCAGCAAGUGCGGCAGCCGCAGCAGCAGCAACGGACAGUCUGCGGCAGCAGCUGCAGCAUCUAGAGGAGGAGCUUGAGAGGAAGAAGAAGGAGUCGGUGGCUGCAGAUGCGCGGUACAGAAGAGAGGUGGAUGCUAGGGCAGCGGAUAUGCAGCAGCUACAGCGCGCAGAGCAGCAGCAGCAGCAGCAGCACGAGCAGCUCACGUCUAUUGAGAAGGAGCUGGAAGCAGUUCGAGCCGAACUCAGGAGUGUGCGAGGCGCUGCUGAAGAGGAGAAAGUCUCCUUAGUUCGUAACAAUGCCAGUUUGCUGCGUGAAGUGGAGCGUCUGCGGGCUGAGGCUAAGACAUUGAAUAGCCAGAUGAAGGAUCUGUGA